GCAUUCUACAUAUAUAUCAAAAAUAUAAGACCCACAAACAAAUUUUGGAAUGGAGUUCUUGGGGGAAACCGUUCCAAUGGCGGUUAUCUUGUCCUUGUUACUCUCCUCAUUUCUAUGCCAAAAUUUGAUCUCGGCGGCAACUCCAGGAUCAGAACUGGAAUCGUUGAGUCAGGAGUUGUUGGAAUGUGCAAGAAAGCCUGAGUUUUUUGAGUGGAUGAGAGGGCUCCGGAGGAGGAUUCACGAGUAUCCAGAACUGGGUUUUCAAGAACACAGGACGAGUCAACUGGUCAGGAGUGAGUUGGACUCGCUUGGUAUCAGCUACAAAUGGCCUGUGGCUAAGACUGGAGUUGUGGCUUCUAUAGGAAAUGGUGCUAAACCUGUGUUCUCCCUCAGAGCAGACAUGGAUGCCCUCCCUUUGCAGGAACUAGUAGAUUGGGAACACAAGAGCAAGGUUGAUGGUAAGAUGCACGCGUGCGGUCAUGAUACUCAUGUAGCAAUGCUGCUAGGAGCAGCCAGGCUACUGCAGGACAGGAGAGAGAGAUUGAAGGGAAUGGUGAAGCUAGUUUUUCAGCCCGGAGAAGAGGGUUAUGCCGGUGCUUACCAUAUGUUAAAAGAUGGUAUCCUUGAUGACAUUGAUGCAAUCCUUAGCAUCCAUGUUUAUCCUUCAGUUCCCACAGGUGCCAUUGCUUCAAGGCCUGGUCCAUUGCUUGCCGGUGUUGGGCUCUUUUCAGCCACAGUUCAGGGGAAAGGUGGACAUGCAGCAGCCCCACAUGAGACAAGGGAUCCAAUUCUUGCUGCGGCCUUUGCCAUCACUGCUCUCCAACAGAUUGUAUCCAGAGAGACAGAUCCCCACGAAUCAAGGGUUGUGACUGUCGGUUUCAUAGAAGGAGGUCAAGCAACAAACGUGAUCCCUGAUUCUGUGAAAUUUGGUGGAACUUUCAGGAGCCUGACUAAUGAGGGUCUCUCGUACCUCAAAGAAAGAAUCAAAGAGGUCAUAGAAAUGCAAGCAGCAGUGCAUCAAUGCAGUGCAGUCUUGGACUUCAUGGAAGAAAUGCCAAUGCCUCAUCCAGCAAUGAAAAAUGAUGAAGCAUUAUACGAACACAUAAAGAAAGUCGGAGAGAUCCUAGUUGGAGAACAUAAUGUGCAGCUCCUUCCAAUAACCAUGGGAGGAGAAGACUUCAGCUACUUCGCACAGAGAACAGCAGCAGCAAUUUAUGUGGUUGGCAUAAAGAAUGAGAGCCUGAAAUCAGACGAGGCAUUGCAUUCACCGUACUUUUUUGUGGAUGAAGAGGCUCUCCCUAUUGGGGCAGCUCUUAAUGCUGCUGCUGCGAUUUCAUACUUGGAUAGUCAUGCUCCUGCAACUCGCUGAAAGAUAAAUUGUUGUAAGUUUUAUGAACAAAAAAGCUCUAUAAAAGAUGUAACAAUAACUACUUCAACGGAGAGAAAAGAAUUGUUCAUAAGUUGAAAAAACAUUCCUAGCAGGUUCAAUUAGGCUCUUCUAGUUCUGUUUGUACUUUUCACAGUG